AUGAAUACACUCCAAAGGAACGUCGAUGUUUCCGUCGCCGAAAAGUCAGCUUGCUCAGUUUUCGUUGGCAACAUCCCGUACGACGCCACCGAAGAGCAACUGAAGACAAUUUUCGAAGAAGUUGGUCCCGUUGUGAACUUCAGGCUCGUGUACGAUCGAGAAACCGGGAAACCCAAAGGCUAUGGUUUCUGCGAAUUCAAAGAUCAGGAAACAGCUAUGUCCGCUAUGAGGAAUCUGAAUUCAUUCGAGAUCGGUGGACGUGCACUGCGAGUGGAUCACGCAGCUUCGGAGAGGAACAAAGAAGAGCUCAAAGCCUUGUACGCGCAGUACGGAGGGCCUCCCGCCGAACCGAUGUAUGGCGAAGAGACGGACCAUAACAAGACGCCCGAAGCCAUUUCCAAAGCUGUAGCAUCCCUGCCCCCCGAGCAAAUGUUCCAAUUGAUGAAGCAAAUGAAGACCUGUAUCCAGAACAAUCCGAACGAGGCUAGAAACCUCUUGCUCCAGAACCCGCAGUUAGCUUACGCGCUGCUCCAGGCGCAAGUCAUAAUGAAGAUUGUCGAUCCACAAGUGGCUCUGAGCAUCCUCCACCGACAGAACCCAGUUUUGGCUAACAUGCACGAGGCUCCCGUCGCAGUUGUUCCUCCGCCCGCAGCUCCCCUGCAGCCACCACCAUUGCAACCGCCCAUGCUCGCUCAGAGCAUGCAACCGGCAAUGCCGCCCAUGCCGAUGGGCAACUUCGGAGGACCUCCCUCUUCAGUGUCGAACAUGGGAGACGGUGGGUUUCGUGGUGGGCCGCAAAGAUUCGAUCCGCGAGACAGGGACAUGCGGGGUGAAAGAGGGCCCGAACGUGACCGCGAUCUGCGAGGCAUGCCCAUGGACCAAGAUCACAGAGUCGCACCAUCAGGGAAUGCUGGUUACAGAGGGAGCUAUGAUCCCAGAAAUCGAGUUGACCCGCGAGGCGGUAACGUCUACGGAGAGGGCAACAGGGGAGGGUUUUCCGGAGGGCCACCGGCGGCAUCCGGAAGACCCGUUCCCCCGCCGCCUAUUCUCCCGAACAUGCAGAUCGGCGGAGGUGCUAAUGAGCAAGAUAGAGCAGCCCUCAUCAUGCAGGUCCUGUCGCUAAGUGAUCAGCAAUUGGCCUCCCUACCGCAGGACCAGAGGGAGAGUAUUUUGGUUCUGAAGCGUCAGAUCCAACAACAGGGCCGAUGA